GAACUAUUUGAAUGGCACUGCUGGGAAACUUUGGGAAAUAUGCGUUUUACCUUACAGUAGUUCCUUUGCACUCAGCUAAUCAUUAAUGAGUCAUAAAAGACGAUUAUGUGACUGUCUUUCAUUUAUUUCUAACCAAGUCUCCCAUGACAUUUGGGCCCAGUCAGUCAAGUCACAGAGAAGACACAGACAGAAAGACCCAACCUUGGAAAUGGAGCUGGACCAAGGCAAGAUGGAUCAGGAGCCAGGCAGGCCCACAUGGAACAGGCAGAUCGAGUUCACCCUGGCUGGGAUCGGCUGUGCUGUGGGGCUGGGGAACAUAUGGCGGUUCCCUUAUCUGUGCUACAGGAGUGGAGGAGGUGCAUUCCUGGUUCCCUACCUGCUGAUGCUGCUGGUGAUGGGAAUUCCUCUGCUCUACAUGGAGCUGAUUCUGGGACAGUACAUGAGAAGAGGGCCUGUUCAUGCCCUGGCUAAAGCCUGCCCGCUGCUCAAAGGAGUGGGCCUGGCGACUGUGGCCAUCUCCUUCAUCAUGUGUACUUACUACAACAUCAUCAUCACAUGGGGUCUGUACUACCUGUUCAGCUCCUUCCAGAGUCCGCUGCCCUGGCAGAGCUGCAACAACACAUGGAACACCCCCAACUGCACCAAUCACAUAAACCCGAACACCAGCUCACACUCCUCCACCGCCAGCCAGCAGUUCUUCAAUUAUAGGAUGCUGGAGAGGACAGGGGGAGUGGAGGAGAGCGGGGUGCUGCGAUGGGAACUCUUUCUCCUGCUCCUUUUGGCCUGGAUCCUCCUCUACUUCUGCAUCUUUAAGGGGGUCAAGUCAACAGGGAAGGUGGUAUACUUCACGGCUCUCUUCCCAUAUGUCAUCCUGUUAGCUCUGUUGAUUAACAAUGUCCAGCUCCCAGGAGCUAUGGAAGGCAUCCGCUUUUUCAUCGUGCCAAACUGGGAGAAACUACUGGAGUUGGAGGUUUGGGUCAACGCUGCAGCUCAGAUCUUUAACUCCAUUGGGAUAGGCUUUGGCUCCCUCAUGGCCAUGUCCAGCUAUAACAACUUCAACAACAACAUAUUAAAAGACACCCUGGCUAUCUCCAUCACCAACUCCCUGACCAGUAUUCUGGCAGGUUUUGUCAUCUUCUCGGCAUUCGGCUACAUGUCACAUCUCCAGAACAUACCUGUCAGUGAGCUGGCUGUAGAUGGUCCAGGACUGGUUUUUGUUGUUUACCCACAAGCCUUUGCAACGAUGCCAGUGGCUCCGCUGUGGGCAAUUCUGUUCUUCUUCAUGCUCCUGUGCCUUGGGCUGGACAGCCAGUUUGCCAUGGUGGAGGUGAUGGCGACCAGCCUAAUGGAUGGGUUUGGAGGGCCCCUGAUGAAGUUCCUGAGACACAAGGAGAUGCUGGUGCUGGCAGUCUGCAGCACUGCCUUUCUGCUGGGAAUACCCCAUGUCAUGCAGGUGGGGAUCUAUGUAUUCCAGCUGAUGGACCACUACACGGCCAUAGUGUCUCUCAUGUUCCUGGCCUUCUUUGAGGUGCUGGCCAUCUGCGGACUUUAUGGUGUGAGGAGGCUUUCGGCAAACUUAAAGGAGAUGACAGGAAAUAGGCCUAAUAUCUUCUUCAGAGUGUGCUGGAUGUUUGUGGCUCCUCUUCUGAUCACUAUUAUCCUGGUGUUCACAAUCAUCCAAUUUAAACCAGCUCGCUAUGAGGACUACGUGUAUCCCCCGUGGGCUCAGGGGAUUGGCUGGGUCAUCGCUAUGGCAUCCAUCAUCUGGAUCCCACUCGGAGCUCUUCACACACUGUGGGUUCUGCCAGGCUCCUUCACUGAGAGAUUAGUAAAGUCAAUCACCCCCUAUGCACUGGAGAACGAGAGGGGAGGAGACACAUACCCAAACAUAGCAGUCAUCAGCUCCUUAGGUAGAGAAACAGAGAAGCCUCACAUUCAGACAAACCUCUGAUACUGACUCUCCCUACUGAUGGCCUCUGUACCAGCCUGGGAUUCUGGGACUAUGCUAGGCUUGGAGAGCCAGGUGAGGGUUCACUAAGGAUGUCAAUCCUGAUUCACAUUGGCACUGGGAACCACACUGUCUGUGGAUGACGUGACAAAAACCGUCCAACAACAUUCCUAUUGGUGUUGUUUGGGACUUCUGCUCAUGGGGAAGUGGGUUGUUCUCCUUCAUGGAGUGAAUGACAGAUAUUUUUAAAACACUGUUAAAGUCAAUUAUGUAAUAACAAAUAGAAGAAAUGGGCCUGGACCCAAGAAGAUUACCUAUCUCUGCUUUGAAAGAUCAGAAUUGGUCAUGAGUGGGUACUGGUACAUGAUUAAUAGACCUUAACCUGUCCAUAUGUUGCACUGUCUGAACUUUGGUAAUAUGUUUUCUAUAUGUAGCCAUGGAUAACCAAAGUACAACGGUGUGAGAACUGUUAGUUAUGGAUGUUGUUGUUCUGCCCUUCAAGCAUGUUAGCUUUCACUUGAGCAGCACCUUGUGGUUAACACAACUGAGGAGGUAUUACAUGUAUUUCUAGAGUACCACAGUGAGUCAUAAUACCCAUAAAACCUAGUAGUCAAACAAGGAUAUGGUUCAAAUUGUUUUUCCACAGUAAAUUUUUCCAAUAGCGGAUUUUAGAAACUGUGUUUUCAUGUAGGCUUACCCUGACGUGACUUUUUGAUAACUGUGUAAACCUCACAUGGUGACUUUUAUCAAUAUAUUCGCAUGUAUUACCCCCCCAAAAUGAAAUGCCUUUUUAGCUGCUAAUGUGGCUAUCAUAAAGAACUAGAAAUGCCAUAAUGAUCUGGAUGGGACUCUUGAUUAACUAUAUGUUAGCAAAAUUGUCAUUAAUAAAUUGGAAACAUUUCUUUAAAUUGACAAGUGUUACAUUGCACAAUACAUGUUAGAGCAAAGGUGUCAGCUAGAGAUGACGUGCAGGAGCUUGCAGGAAUUUGCAUGUCUCUUUUAAUUCUAAUUAGCAUUUUCAAAUCAGAGUAAUAGAGAUGAAUAUAUUGAUAAAAUUCACCUUGUCCGAGAGAGAUAUACAUGGUUAUCAAAACGUCACGUCAGAGUAAUCCUACACAAAACACAGCCCUUAUUUUAAGUGUUUCUAAAAUUCCCUGUUGGAAAAAUUAAUGGUGGUAAAAUUAUUGGAACCAUUUCCGGUUUACCGCUAGGUUUUAUGGGUAUUAUGACACCACCACCAUGGGGCUAUAUAUUAGUAAAACAUGUACAGUAUGAUGCAGUAGCUAUGGAUCAGCACAGCAGUUAAUAAAAUAAUCUACCAAAUGCAGCAUUUGGAACGUCUUGUUAAAAUAUUCCUUAUGUAAUAUGUUUUUUACAAUAAAAUGCCACCAUAUGUUUGAUUUGGCUGCUGCGGGUCAGGGGGCAAGGAGACCCACAGCUCCGCUAAA